AUGGCGGCGGCAGGUGCCCUGGUCGUGUACCGGGCGGUGUUCGCCGCGCUCGGCUGCCUCAUGGUGGGCACCCUGGUGUACACCUGCAUCACCGACGGCUCGCCGUUCCGCGCCGAGCUGCUGACACCGUGGAUGGUGACAACACUGGUUGACUUUUAUGUAAAUAUAGCAGCGAUCUCGACAUGGGUUGUCUACAAGGAAGGAAAUUGGAUUAGUUCAAUAUUCUGGGUAGUACUGUUGGUUUGUUUCGGCAGUGCCACUACAUGUGCUUAUAUUGUUAGCAAGUUAUUUGAGAUAACAUCUUCAGGGCUUUCCCAAAAUCCACUUGAUCUUUUGUUGCUCAGGCAAGAUAAUCUACCCGAAAGGAAGUGUUCUUUUGUCGUCAUCGGGAGAACUAUUUUCAGCAUUUUGGGCAUACUCAUGGCUGCACUUGUCACGUAUACUGUCAUUACAGAUGGACUGCCUUUCAGGAAGGAUUUGUUGACACCGUGGAUGGCUGCAACCUUAAUUGACUUCUAUAUAAACGUCUUUGCAAUAUCGGUAUGGGUUGUUCACAGGGAGUCGACUUGGAUCUCAGCAGUCAUUUGGAUAUGCUUGUUGAUAUGCUUUGGAAGCAUCACGACUUGUGGGUACAUUGUGGUUCAACUUCUACAAGUGUCAUACCAAGACCCAGUCUACCAUCUGCUACUGAAUUCCCAUAGCAAGUAUGGAGUUGCACCCUCACAGAAGAUCUGA